GGUGUGCUUGAUUAUCUCAAAGAGCCACGCCCCUAACCAAAUAAGGCCACAGAGGCUGAAAUUUAAAAUGCUUGCUCCUUACCAUAAAAAAAGCAGUUCUGACUGGACUUCUCACGAAUGAAGUUCAUUUUCAAGUACCCAUCUAGCUCAUUGGAUCUUUCUAAAAAAAUGUGCUGCAACGGUAACCAAAUAGAAUUCAAAAGCACCGUUGGGUAACCCAGUAUUCCUACCAAACUUGACCCCUCAUCGCCAUGUAAUUUCUAACAAUUUGAGUGAACUUUGCCCCUUGAGAUCUUCGAUGACUCUCUGACGUCAGACGCUUGAGGACCAUAUUCCGCCCAGACAACGCUACGAUGGAGAUGCACACCAACAAGUCGGACACCAAUGCUCGAAGUACAAGGAAAAAGGUAGCGUACGUCGCAGUUCUUGCGCUAGUCAUUAUUCUCAUAUCUGUGAUCGUGGCGAGCUUGGUGCAUCGCAAGAUCCUAGGCGACUCCUCGGUAGAAGACCCUCCGUGGCACCGUGCACGCUUGCCAAAGUCGCUCGUUCCUCAACAUUACCGUCUGGAGCUGAAGCCGGACUUGGAAGCCUCCGUGUUUACGGGAGCGGUAGAGAUCACCCUCUAUUGUUUAGAACCCACGAGAUAUAUUGUUCUCCAUGCCAACCUGUUGAACAUCACGGCGGACUCGGUAUUCUUAAAGACAUUCAGGGGAGGCAGUCUGACCCUUGAGGACUGGUUCCUUUAUCCCAAGAACGAAUUCUUGGUCUUGAAGUCCAAGACGUCGUUGGAAACCGGUCAGAGAUACGUGAUUGGGAUAAAAUUCCAAGGACAACUUCUUGAAGACAUGAGAGGAUUCUACCGUAGUUACUACACGGCUAACUCCACUAGAAGGUAUCUAGCCGUCUCCCAGUUUGCCCCCAUGGAUGCCCGGAAAGCCUUCCCUUGUUUUGACGAACCCGCCAUGAAAGCAACGUUUGACGUCACUCUUGUCCACCAAUCAGAGCACUCGUCACUCUCUAAUAUGCAAAUUCGCCAAUCAGAAGUAAGAUCUGGAGGCUGGGUGGCAGACCACUACUACACCACAGUGCGCAUGUCCACCUAUCUUCUCGCUUUCGUCAUUUCUGACUUCAGUUUCAAAGAGGGCGUCACUGGUGUCCAUGGUAACGUCACGCUCAGGGUAUGGGCCCAACGGAAUGCUGUGACUGGCGGAGAGGUAGACUAUGCAUUAAGCGUCGCCAGACGGGUCCUGGUGUAUUACGAGAACACCUUCAAGAUUCCUUAUCCGCUGCCAAAACUAGACAUCGUUGCCGUUCCGCAGAUGGGCGUCCCCGCCAUGGAGAACUGGGGUCUCGUAGUUUCUCACGAGAACAGGCUGCUCUACGCACCACAACUCUCGCCUGUGUGGAAGAAAGAAGCAGUGGCAUCCAUGAUCGCUCAUGAGCUGGCACACAUGUGGUUCGGGAACCUGGUGACGCCCGUGUGGUGGGAUGGGGUGUGGCUGAAGGAAGGGCUGGCGACUUGGGCCGCAGUCAGAGGAGUGGACGCCGCAGAGCCGACAUGGAUGGUGAAAGAGCGGUACUUCGUGCAGUCCCUCCACCAGAUCCUCCUAGUGGAUUCGUCCAACUUGUCGCAUCCUCUUCAGCUGACCGUCACCGGGCAAGAUGACGUGGGACGGGUGUAUGAUCAACUCUCCUACAAAAAGGGCGCUUCGCUGAUGCGGAUGCUGAACACCGUACUAGACGGAACAUUCACCAAAGGGAUUGUGAAGUAUCUUCAAAAGUACAAAUACGCCAACGCUGCACAGGACGACCUUUGGGAGUGUCUUACUGAGGCAGCCCAGGAGGACGGCCGUACCGACGUGCAAGUGAAAGACGUGAUGGACACCUGGACGUUACAGAUGGGCUUCCCUGUGGUCACGGUCAUCAGGAACUACAGCAACGGCAGUGUCACGGUCAGCCAACGUCACUUCCUGUAUGACCCGGAAGCAAACGUUCAAGAAAGUCUGCGCAAUAACGUAUGGCAAGUGCCGCUGGCUUUUAUGUCACGUGAUAGCGGGAAUGUGUCACGUGACAACGGGGCUAUGUCGAGCCGUGACGUACUCUGGCUGAAGAAAAGAGAAGAAGACUUUCGUUCCUCCAUUGAUGCCAGUUCGUGGUUGCUGGCAAAUACCAAUCAGACAGGCUACUACAGAGUCAACUAUGACGUCACUAACUGGAGGCUGAUGGCGGAGGAUUUAAACUCCGACAAUUUUCAGAAUAUUCCUUCACAGAGCAGAGCAGGGCUCAUAGACGAUGCUUUUAACCUCGUCCGGUCGGGUGAUCUCGCACCUGCUGUCGCACUCAACCUCUCGCGAUAUCUGAAGCGAGAGCGUGAGUACCUUCCGUGGCUGGCUGCAGAAAGGGUCUUUGGGUACUUGCACAUGAUGCUGGCUGAUACAAAUAGCAGUUCGGAUCUGAAGGUGUGUGGUUCCCUGCUGGCUCCUGUCUACCAUGAGCUAGGAUGGGAACACAGCGGAGAGCACACCACACAGUUGAACAGGUUGACAGUGCUGUCAAUGGCAUGUCAGUAUGGAUACCCAGAAUGUCUCCAAGUAGCAAGGGGAAGAAAAGAGGCUCUCGACAAUGGCGGCAGCGUGGAACCAAGCAUGAAAGCAAUCAUUCUGCAAUAUGGCAGCAACCGCACUGGGUCAGGGCUAGUGGCCGCCAUCUUGAACCGGACCAGGAUCCUGGUGGAUUCUGGACUAUUCACGAAGGAAGACUUGCUGAAUAAGUUAAUGACCUUAGUUGACUCUAAAGAAGAGAAGAAACUAGUUUUUGACUUUCUUCGAAAUAACUGGGACUACAUGAUAGAGGGCUCCACAGUUCCUUCUGGACUCAUCAACAAGCUGACGGAGGAAUUCACCACACACAAGGACUUGAGACAGUUUGAAGACUUCUUGACCAGCCAUCCCAACAUGGCGUCUCGUUCUGACGUCACGGCGGCGCUGGAGCGGAUCCGCCAGCACGUCCUGUGGAGAGAGCGUAACGAGGACGCUGUGAGGGACUGGCUGGCACGGGAGCGGUACGGGAGGGGAACGAGGACGCCGUGAGGGGCUGGCUGGCAAGGGAGAGACACGGGAGGGGAUAGGGUUAUCUAUACUCAUACUUACGUCUGGUGUAAUAUUUGCAACCAGCAGGUACCCAAUUUACGUGCUCGAGGCACCUCCUAGAACACGGGACCCCCGUUUUACGUCCCUUCCGGAAUACGAAUGCGUGAAUUCUUGAUCGGGCUACAGCAUCCAGUCUUCCUUACAGCGGCUUGUCUGACAAGCCGUACUUUUUACGUAUAGCAAAAAUACGUCAACAAGUUCAUUCUCAUUCUGUUAUACCACCAAGCGAUUUGACAGAUCGCCUGACUAAUUUCAUAGAUAAAAGAUGAAUAUUUUUA